AAGGCUUGGUUCACAUAUGUGCGGGUGGGGCCACUGCGGAUCCGCACGAAAAUCCGUGCAGACGCACCACCCGCACGGACAAAUGCGGACCUGCGGGCGGGUGCCAUUAUUUCUAAUGGCACGCUGCCCGCACUGGAAAUCGCAACCGUAAUGGAAACCAAGGUUCCCAUGCUGGCUGCGUUUUCAGAAGAAGUGCAGGGACUUCUUCCCUGCGUGUCCCGGGGCAUGGGAGUCCAUUCAAAUGGAUGGGCUCUUGUGCCCACGCAAAAUGCAGCCCGCAUGGCCGCA